AUGCAGUUGACGGAUCCAAAAGGCGGGGCAGCAAUGGCGGGCAUCCAGCCGAAGGAUAUUCUGCUCACGAUCAACGGGAACAGUCUAGCGGGCGACAGCACGAGCGUCGAGAGAGCCGUGAAGCUGAUCCGGGCGUCAGAGGGCAAGCCGGUGGCGAUCGAGGUCGCCCACCAGGGAUCUCGGCCAGUGACGCGGAUGGUCCAGACCGCUAUCGGAACGUCGGGAAAGUACACGGUGGGCGUCCUCCUGGCCCCCAACCUGGAGUCGGUGGACAGGAGGACGGUCGACAACCCCGUGGAGGCUGCCGGGGUGGCCUUCAAGGAGACGGCCGCCCUGUCGUCGAAGACAUUCGAUUCAUUCCUCAGGCUCGCUUCGACGGGGCAGACGGAAGACGUCACGGUUAGCAACGUUUCGGUACAAGCGGACUCCACCCUGAAUAGAGACUCCCUUGGGGUGCGCCUUUCGUUUUCUUGUUAUUCCGGAUGCCAAAGCUCCGGCCCCGUCGAGAUCGUCAAGGUGGGGGCGCAGGUAGCCAAGUCGGAGGGUCCGUCGGCCCUUCUGCAGUUCGCGGCGGUGAUCUCCGUCAACCUGGCUGUGAUUAACUCUCUCCCAGUCCCGGGGCUGGAUGGUGGCCAGAUGGUGUUUGUCCUGGCGGAGAUCGUCAGCGGCAAGAAGCUCGACCGGUAAACGUUUUGUCGAGCGGUGCUCACGGGAGGCUUGGGGUAGAGAAAGUACGUCUACUGUUGUUUUGUGUUGGUGCGGGUCUAUGUCUGUUGUUGUUGUUGUUGGUGUUAUUGUUGUUGGUGUGUCUCUUGAUGUCGUGGCUACUGCUGUUGUUGGUGGUGUUGUAGGUGGUGUGGUGUAGUGUUGUCGUUGUUUGUGUUAUUGCAGACUUCAAACCCGUUGAACUCAUGACGUGGUUCUCGGUACCCACAUGCUGGUCCCUGACAUGCGUGCGAUUUUUUUGCAUUGCUUGAACAUUAUUCCCGGUGUCUGAAACGAAAUUUGGGUGAGUGGUGGGACUGAAACUACUCCACCAGCGAGGGCUUUAGAUUUUUCUUGUUCAUGUUGAAGGGCGCAUGUCAACUAGCCAGCGUCACACACGUGUGCCGUGUCUUUGUGUGGUUCCGUGGGACCAAGUAUUUCGCAACCCGUGUACGAGCCUUGUGGUAAUUAUGCUUUUCCGCGUACCCCGAGCCAUUGGCAG